AUGGCUCCCAAACGUAAUCGCGACGAUGACUUCGUUCUCACACUGUCGGAUAACGAAGGAGAAGAUUUAACCAAUGUCAUCGAAGAAGAAUUACCUUUAGAUCCUUCCUCAAACAAAAAACGCAAACGCAACGAUGAUAUUGCUUCUACUAAAAAGUCCAAAAAAUCAAAGAAGAAGUCCGAGGAUGAAGAUGUGGAGGAAGAGGAAAUAUGGGGGAUCAAGGAUGCAGAUGACGGGGCUAUGGAUUCAGACUUUGAAUUUGCAUUGGAAGCAGACGGAAAAGGUGGUGCGGAUUUAGAGGAAUUUGAGGGUUGGGGAUUCGACGGAGCGAAGAAGGGACUAAAUGGGGGUGACAAAAAGGCAGUGGAUAUUGAUGAAAUUAUUGCACGAAGGAGAGAAAAGAAGAAGGCGACAGGGAAGAAGGGAGAAGCGGAGGAUGAAGUAAUUGCUGAAAAAGAGGAUGUUGUAGCUUCGGACGAAGAACAAGAUGCGCCGGAGGAAAUGGAUUUCGAGGACGAGGAUGAUGAAUUCAUGGCUGAAGAUGGAUUUGGAAUGGGUGCUGGAUCUGCGGAAGAGUCUGGCGCAGAAGAGGACUCUGAAGCAUCAGAUAACGAAGGGGCAGAAGAUGAUGAUUCCGAUAACGAUUCCGUCGCAUCACCAGCACCGCAUCCAGAUGAUGCCGCUUCUGAGGCUUCCGAUGACGAUGAGGAUAUAGACGAAGACCCCGAGGAAGCUGCUAAAAGAGAGGCAUUCUUCGCCCCUGAAGAAAAACCAGUCAAGGGUGCUAAGCCCGAACUCAAUUCAACAUUUCAAAGCAUGUCCCUAUCUCGACCAAUUCUCCGAGGUCUUGCUACAGUUGGUUUCACUCAACCUACACCAAUUCAAUCGAAAACUAUACCUGUUGCAUUACUGGGCAAGGAUGUCGUUGGUGGAGCUGUCACUGGUUCUGGAAAGACUGCAGCAUUUAUUGUUCCAGUUCUUGAACGUCUUCUGUACAGACCAAAGAAAGUGCCAACCAGUAGAGUUGCCAUUCUUAUGCCAACUCGUGAAUUAGCAAUCCAAUGUCACGCCGUUGCUACCAAACUUGCAAGCCAUACUGAUAUCAAAUUCUGUUUGGCUGUUGGAGGUCUUAGUUUGAAAGUUCAAGAAGCCGAGUUACGUCUUCGUCCAGAUGUCAUUAUUGCUACUCCAGGUCGUUUCAUUGAUCACAUGCGCAAUUCCCCAAGUUUUACUGUUGAUACAUUGGAGAUUCUCGUUCUCGAUGAAGCUGAUCGUAUGCUUGAAGCUGGUUUUGCUGAUGAGUUGAAUGAGAUUUUAACAACUAUUCCUAAGUCUAGACAGACUAUGCUCUUUUCCGCAACAAUGUCUUCAUCGGUUGAUAACCUCAUUCGUGUUGGUCUUAAUAGGCCUGUGCGAUUACUUGUUGACUCUCAAAAAUCAACGGCUGGUACUUUGACACAAGAAUUCAUCCGUCUUCGUCCAGGAAGAGAGGGUAAACGUAUGGGUUAUCUUUUGUAUCUCUGCGCAAAUGUCUACACUGAUCGAGUCAUUGUUUUCUUCAGACAGAAAAAGGAAGCUCAUAGAGCACGUAUAAUCUUUGGAUUGUCUGGUCUCAAAGCUACUGAAUUGCACGGUAGCAUGAGUCAAGAACAGCGUAUCAAAAGUGUAGAAGCUUUCCGUGAUGGCAAAGCUUCUUUCCUUCUCGCCACCGAUCUUGCCUCCCGUGGUCUCGAUAUCAAGGGUGUUGACACAGUAAUUAAUUACGAAGCUCCUCAAUCCCAUGACAUCUAUCUCCAUCGCGUAGGACGUACAGCUCGUGCUGGUCGUUCUGGACGCGCUUGUACCAUUGCCGCUGAACCAGAUCGUAAAGUCGUCAAAGCAGCUGUGAAAGCUAGUCGGACACAAGGAGCUAAAGUUGUCAGUCGGGUAAUCGAAGCUAGCGAGGCAGAUAGCUGGAGCGAAAAAGUCGAUGAGAUGGCAGAUGAAAUUGAAGAAAUUUUGAAGGAAGAAAAAGAAGAUAAAAUUCUUGCUCAAGCAGAGAUGGAAGUUAGAAAAGGACAAAAUUUCAUGGAUCAUGAAGCGGAAAUUAAAGGAAGACCUAAGAGAACCUGGUUUGAAAGCGAAAAGGAAAAAUUAGCAGCGAAGAAAUUGGGAAUGGAAGAAUUGAAUGGGGUAGUGGGUGGAAAGAAAAAGGGUAAGUUGAGUAAUAAGGAUAAAAAGAAGUUGGAUGAUAAGGGAGAGAGAUUAGAAGGGAGGGUUUGGAAAAAGGGAAGGCAGGAGAGAGAUGGGAAGGGUGUUUUGGCGAAGGAGAAGGGGAAGAAAAAGGUUAAGGGUGGGAAACCGGCUGGGUUGGGUAAGAAGAAGGCUAUGAAGCCUAUGAGGACGGGGGGUGCGAAGAGGAGGUAA